AUGGUAAUAGAUGGCUGGAAGUAUGGCCGUCGGAAGACGAACGCGACGGAAAGUUGCAGACGACGGAACCGCGCAAAGCGCGCAAACCGCGCAAACCGCGCAAAGCGCGCAAACCGCGCAAACGCAAAACCGCGUAGACCGCGCAACGCAAACUGCGCAAACCGCGCAAACCGCGCAACGCAAACCGCGCAAAAUCGCGCAAAAUACAAAUUUCCUAUUAAUAAUCAAGUUGGUGAGAGAAGAUUUAAUGAUGCGCAUGAUUUUAGAGUUACUAUUAAUAUUCGAAGUCACAAGGAUACGGUACAACAUAUAAGAGCAAAAUUAAAUUUACAGCAGAAAAUAUUAUUUAGACAAUCAUGUUUUGGGCAUUUUUUGGAUCUUGAAGUCCAUGGAUAUAGUUCAACUUUAUUACAUAGUGUAUUAUUUCGACAAGUGAAUAAGGAAGAGUUGGGAGAAGUAUUUUGGUUUCGGUUAAAUGGGAUUGAUUGUAGAUUUAGUCCGAUUGAGUUUGCUAUGAUUACUGGAUUAAGGUUUAGUAAAGAAUUAGAUAUGAUUGAUUACAUAACUACAGAUUCAUUGAAUUUUAAAAAUAAAUACUUUCGAAGUGAUAAAUCGGUGACUUAUAAGGAUUUAAGUAAAAGUUUCAUGUCUAAGGUGUGGGGAAACAAUGAUGAAGAUGCUGUCAAGAUGGCUGCAUUAUAUCUGAUACAUUAUGGAUUAUUAGGAGCAGAUAAUCGAAAAGUAGUAUCAGAACUUAUAUUACAGUUAGUAGAUGAUUGGGAUAGUUUCAAUAAAUAUCCGUGGGGGACUAUGGUUUGGACGUUGACUGCAGAAUCAAUGAGCCGAGCAAUAGAGAAACGAUAUGAAGAAGUUAUGAAUGAUCAUCGGGCAUACGAUCCAAAAAUUCCAGUGCAAUGUUAUGCAUUAAUGGGAUUUACAGUUGCAUUUCAGCUAUGGAUAUAUGAAACUCUCAAUAACUUAGGGGGUUUCGUAGCUUGCAAAUCUACAGAUAGAAUUCCUCGUAUGUUGAGAUGGAAGACACUUGAGAGACCAGGGUGGGAUCUUGUUAACUGCCUAUUCGAAACUUCUCAGGAUGUUGUCACUCCUGUCUUGAUUCCAUCUAUUGAGGAAAAGCAAUCUGAUUGGUUCAAAGAAGUUAUGGAUUGUAUGGGGUACACAGAAGAAUCUGAUGAUGAUCGUAUGCUUAUUCAAUCUAGUGAUGCAAUCCAAUCUUCUCACCCUACACGUCAAAGUAUAUCUGUACAUAGUCCAGCAAGGUCUGAAUGGACUCCACCACCAGUUACUAGGUCAGAGCAUCAAUCCACACAUCGAACAUCAAUGUCUCCUCGGCAAACUACAAGGAGAUCCCUUGGUGUUACACAUGCUGCAUCCACAUCUUCUACUGGAUAUGUUCGUAUUGAGGAAAUGUUACGUGGAUUCAUGGAAACAGUGGAAGAACGUUUUAGACACUUUGAAGAGCGACAAACAUCAAUUGAAACAAAAGUUUCUGAUAUGCAACGUAUGUUUUAUGCCACCCCCGGAGAUGAGGAUGAGUCAGCUGAGGUCAUUUUUGAGGUAGCACAGGAUGAUGAUGUUUGUCCACCUGAUUAUAAUGAGGUAGCUACUGAGUGUAGACCUACGGAAACACCACUUCAACCUCGGUCGAAUACCCGAAGGACAUUACGUGGAAGAAUUAUCAAGAAGGGGCGGGCACUACUCAGCCCUUUUACUGAUCCUAUGAGACCAUGCCGGCCACGAGAAGGGAACCAACAAAUAAAUAUUAAUUUUGACCAAUGGUUUGAUAAUGCUGACAAUAACGACACUGCUUUGACUUAUUUGCAUGGGCCUUGUAAGAAGCUUGACUGGUGGGACCACAUUUGCACUGAAAACAAUUGGUUAACGGAUGAGCAUAUGGAUAAUUACUUAGUGAUGUUACGUCAUUCAUAUCCCACUGACAAUUGGACAUGUGUUGACACGUUUUGGGAUGGUUGGUUACCACGUAUUUUACAAGAUCGAGAAGUGGCUGAUGUUGACGACUUUCAAUGGCCUCGACUAUUAUUAGAUCCUAUCGAAGGGAGCUGUCCACAGCUUAUACAACGGGAAAGGGAUAUGAGAUACGUUGCAUGGGCGAAAGUUGAUAAAGUGUACAUUCCUAUCAAUUAUGAUUGUCAACAUUGGGCAUGUGGGGAAAUUGAUCUCAAAGCGUGGACUUUUACCGUAUACGACUCUUCAACUAGCUUCAUAUCUUCUACGGAUAAGUUCAUUAAUAUGAUGGCACGAUAUCAACAUCUUCCGGCUAUCAUUAAUGCCACUAGAUACUGGGAGGUUAGGGGUGAUAACCCUAACUUGGAGCCAUUCACGUUGAUGCGAUGUACUGAUGUUCCACAACAAGGCAAAGCCUCUGGUGAUUGUGGCGUAUUCACACUUUUGAUGAUAGAGUAUUUAGCCACCGGUCGGAAAUUUGACUAUACAUCCUCUGAUAGUAUUACUUUGCGUAGGAUGAUCGCGGCUAAGAUUUUUGCUCAUGGAUGCACUUGUUGAUAUUGUUUCUUAGUUAUGUAAAUUUAUAGAUUUUUUUGAUUGUAUGUGUAAAUAGUACAUAUAUUUUUAUUAUUCUGUUAUGUUGUUUAGCAUGAUAGUAAUUUAUUGAUGUUUCAUAUUAUUCAUGCUUUGCGAAAGAGUUACGUUGGAUUGAUUUUGAAGUGCUAUUGAAGUGCAUUUUCGGUUGAA